ACGCACGUAAAAACGCACAGAAUUAACGUCAGUCAUCAGAGACCCACACACCAUCAUUCCCAGUCUGGAGCUCCACGCGACACCAUGGCUUCUCUGCUUCAACUAAUGCUUGGCACCAUGUUCCUCGUCUGUGUCAUGCCUUACAUUGGCAGCACCAAGAACACUGAUUCCGUGCAGCAGGAAAACAUUCAACCUGUGCAGCUUAAAGAAUUUAAUCCACGAUCUCGACGAUUUUUAGAUGACUUUGUAGAUGAGGCUGCUGAGAUGUUCCUAACUGAAUUAGACAAGCUUUUAGAGCACUUAACUGGUCAUACUAAAAAGGUUUUUGUAAGGAAAAUGUAUUUUGCCAUGAAGGCUUUUGAGAAUGAAGGAAAAGAAGUGUUAAUCAGGAAAAUCACAAAUGCAGUAGACGAAAUACCCGGAAUAACAGGUACACUUUUAAGUACCCUUGUUCCAGAAUUUGUAACCGCCGUGUGGUCAAACUAUGGCAGAACACCUGGAUUGCUGAAACUGCGCCAGAUGAUAAACGAAGAAGCAGACAAAAUGGGAAUAAGUGGUGCAAGUCAUCAAGUUCCAGGUAUUAUGACGUCACUUGUCCUGCUUCUGAUAACGCAGAUCUGGCGAAUGUUUGCUAAUUAAUCAGUCCACAAGACUGUCGUGCAUGGCAACCAGACAAUCACCAGACAUCAACAUAUAAACUCACUUCAGAAUACCGUGUCGGGGUUUUGAACAAUUCAGAUGUGCCAGGAUGGGGUUGGUUUCCUCUAAAGGUGGUGGCGAAUGCUGAAUCAGAUGAUAGUUAACUAUAAACACAAUGUGUGAUAUGGUUUCUAGUAUUGUAUAACUGUUAUCGUGAACAGCCGUCUUAACUACAUUACUAAAAAAUUUUUACAGACUAAGACAAUCUAUAAUCUUGCACUGAGAAUAUUUUUUUUUUUUUUUUUUUUUUUUUUUUAAUUCUUGAAAUGAUCUUUAAUUUAUUUUGAGGCUGAUGUGAAUAUGGGCGAGUGGAAGCAUUGUGUAACCAUGAAAACAAGUAUAUCAAACAGUUUUUUAACGGCUUUCUCUUUGUUUAUUUGGUUAGUGUGACGUAGCCCAGUUGUAAAGCGUCCGCUUGAUGCGCUGUCGGGUCUGGGAUCGAUCCCCGUCGGUGGACCCAUUUGGCUAUUUCUCGUUCCAACCAGUACACCACCACUAGACCUGGUAUAUCAAAUGCUGUGGUAUGUGCUAUCCUGUCUGCGGGAUGGUGCAUAUAAAAGGUCCCUUGCUUCGAAUGGAAAAAUCUGGCAUGUGUUCUCUCUAAGACCAUAAUAUAAUGUCAAAAUUACUAAAUGUUUGACAUCCAGUAGUCGACGAUUAAUAAAUCAAUGUGCUCUAGUGGUGUCGUUAAACAAAACAAACUUUAACAGUAGUAAUAGGUUUGCUUCCGACAUUCAACCUGGAAGUACCUUAUGACUGCACGUAAUAAACCCUCGUGAGUUUAUAUUAAAGAGACCAUCCUGAGUUUUUAGCCAUGACGUCAAGUUGUAGGCAAGUCUAAUCUCUUAAAACGUAAACUUACAAGUUUCUGAUGGUGGUGGCUGCUGCUGCUGCUGCUGCUGCUGCUGCUGGAAAGGGUUAUGUUUCCAACAAUCUAUGUUUAUUUUCGCACGUGACGAGUUAAAUCGUGAGACCAUAUAUACGUUUUAGAACAACAUGUCACACUGAUUCAUGAUAUUGACUGUUGAAUGACUCAAAGUGAAUUGAUGAUGAUAUCUGACCUUUUAGGCCUAUACUCUUUUGAUACAUGUUCAUCUGUUUCGUUUUGGGGUUUUCCAUCUGUUGUUGUAUUCGAGCAAACUCGGAAGCUUCGGGUGCAUGUUUAGAAUCAUCCAAUGAGAGUCUUCCAAAGUUAAAAUAUAAAUGUUUCUAUCCAAAUAAUGCUAAAAGACUUUGUCUACAUACUAAACAAAUCACCAUUAGCUGUACACGUUUUUAAAAAUGUCCAUCGCGAUACGUUUCUUGGUCUUUAUUUUGCUUAAACACCUUUAUGUGCGCUGGGUUUUAUUUGAGAAUUCAUCCCACAGACAGGAUAGCACAUACCACACCCUUUGAUAUACCAGUUUUGGAGCACUGGCUGGAUAUAGCCCAACGAGCCCACCAACGGGAAUCGAUCCU